UCUCAACCUGCCCUGACAGUGUCUGAGCCACCAUGGGAACCCGAGGUGACGUGUAUCCAUUGGGGCUCUGCAUCGCCCUGUGCCUGUGGGGCACCGUGGCCCAGAAUCAUGGCGUACAAGGUACCACUGAGGACUGUAACAGCCAUAUGCUGUGCCCAGAAAACGCCAAGUGUGUGAACAACACACACUGCACCUGCCUGGAUGGAUACCAGUCACAUGGGAAUCGCUUCUUCACCGACCCAACAGAGACCUGUGACGAUAUUAACGAGUGUCUGGGGUCGAACCCACCAAACUGCAGCCUCAACGCAAACUGCAACAACGUGCCUGGGAGUUUCUACUGCACCUGCAGGGAUGGCUACGAGCCCAGCUAUGGGAAAGCCAACUUCACGCACACGAGUGAGAACAGCUGCCAGGACAUUGACAAGUGCCAGCGAAACGCCACAAUCUGUGAGCCCCACGGGAACUGCAUCAACAUGCCAGGGAGUUACAUGUGUAAAUGCAGUUGGGGAUUUGGGAAGAGUCAAAAGGAUACGGCUCAGAUCUGCACAGACAUUGACGAGUGCAAGAAGUUCCCAGAUAUCUGCGGCCCCAAGGCCACAUGUAUCAACACCUACGGAAGCUACCUGUGUGAGUGCCAGGCCGGCUACGUCCCCUCCAACGGGAACACGACCCUGUGCCAAGUCCCCAGCAUUAACUCCAGCGCUGAGUUCGAGGAAAUCAAAAAGACAUGCAGGAAUUUCUCUCUGCAGGGAAAGCGGAGCAGCAGGAGCAGCAGUUUUUGCUCUUUCUUUAAUUCAACAUUAGACAUUUUGAUGUCCACGCGCAGAGACGGGAGUGCAGCGUUAUCACUGGAGAACGCGACUCUCCGUUUCAAUGCCCUCCUGAACAGCACCUCCCUCUGGGACAGCGGAGACAAGUGGGUGGUGGGGUCGGCCGUGACCGUCCUGCUGCAGAGCGUGGAACUGGCUGCACUGGCCACUGCUCUCCGGUCUCUGGAGAGGACAACACAGAACGUGACGACAGAGUCUCUGGCUAUCCAGACAUGGCUCGUCACAGGGAACUGCAGCCAGCACAGCGAGAUCUUCACCCUGAGAGCUUACGAGGAGACGAUGGACGUGCACUGUGAUACAGUCACCGGGGCAGCCACACAAGCAGGUUUGGGGUCUGCUGCUUUUAUUUCCUACUCCACCCUGGACUCCAUCAUCAGUGCGAGACAUCUCAGCAAGGGAAAUCUGCCGGUUGGUGGGAAGCUGGAGAAGAGUCACCUCAACUCCAGGGUGGUGAGUGGGGCCGUUGGAGACGGGAGACCCAUUCACCUCUCCAGACCCACAAAAUUCACCCUGCGCCACAGGCAGGCCAAAAAAGAGGAGGAAGAGGCUUUCUGCGUCUACUGGAAAGUGGUGGCCGAGAGCGGCAGCUGGUCUCCGGAUGGCUGCACCGCCGUGCACACGAACAGUACUCACACCACCUGCAGCUGUGACCAUCUCUCCAGCUUCGCCGUCCUAAUGGCUCCCACCGCAGUGACGGAGAGUUCCCCACUGACCAUUAUCACCUAUGUGGGACUGACCCUCUCCCUGCUGUGCCUCCUGCUCGCCAUCCUCACCUUCCUCCUGUGCCGCUCCAUCCGCAACGUCAGCACCUCCCUCCACCUGCAGCUCUGCCUCUGCCUCUUCCUGGCCAACCUGCUCUUCCUCACCGCAGCGACCCGCACCGGCAGUCGGGUGGCGUGUGCUGUCAUUGCUGGCCUCCUACACUACCUCUUCCUGGCCUGCUUCAGCUGGAUGUUCCUGGAGGGGCUGCACCUCUUCCUCACCGUCUGGAACCUGAAGGUCGUGAAUUACACCAGCGCCAGCCGGUUCAAGAAGAGAUUCAUGUACCCGGUCGGCUACGGAUUCCCAGCCCUGGUGGUGGCUAUUUCUGCAGCGGUGAAUCCUGGGGGCUACAGAACUUCCACACACUGCUGGCUCAGCCUGGAGAGAGGUUUUCAUUGGAGCUUCCUGGGCCCAGUCUGUGCCAUAAUCCUGAUAAAUAUAAUGUUCUUUGCCCUGACCCUGUGGAUCCUGAGAAACAGACUCUCCUCCCUCAAUGCAGAUGUGUCCACCUUCAGAGACCACAGGUUACUGACCUUUAAAGCCAUCGCCCAGCUCUUCAUUCUGGGCUGCACAUGGAGCGUUGGUCUCCUCCAAUUCGGCCCAGCAGCCACAGUCAUGGCGUAUUUAUUCACCAUCAUCAACAGCCUGCAGGGAGCCUUCAUCUUCCUGGUGCACUGUCUGCUCAAUCGCCAGGUGAGAGAGGAGUACAGGAGAUGGAUCAAGGGAUUCCAAAUGUUCAGCACAAAAUCUCAGACAUCCGAUCUGUCCAUGUCUGCUGUCCCCACCACCAGCACCAAGAUGGACUAACCCUUCUGCCAGGCGGAGUCGGCAGCAACCAGGGCCAGGGUCAAUGCGCAGGGGGUUCCAAUACAAAAUGGAACCAGCUGGAGCCCCUGUGACGUUGCACUCCGUGUGCUUUAUGGAAAUAUUCUUAUGAAUAUGACAUAAUUGGAACGUGCUUGAUGCUAAAUACCCCUUGGAUGGUGUCUUUAGAAAGCUUGUAAUCCAUUAAGUGUUUACAUCC